CCGGAAGAAGGAAAUAAUGUCCGUCGUCGUCCACUAGCUCGAGUCAGUUUGAGGUCGAGUGGAAGUUAACUAUGGCGAUGACCAGUCAGACGACCUGCUCCUCGAUGAGCAACCACACUAAGGAAAGGGUCACCAUGGCUAAAGUGACCCUGGAAAAUUUUUACAGCAACCUUAUAUCACAGCAUGAGGAAAGGGAAAUGAGGCAGCAAAAGCUGGAGAAGGUCAUGGAUCAAGAGGGACUUGCUGAUGAAGAGAAGCGUCUCAGGCGAUCUGAACAUGCAAGAAAAGAAACAGAGUUUCUUCGUCUUAAACGAACGCGACUUGGACUAGAAGACUUUGAGUCGCUCAAAGUGAUUGGCCGUGGAGCUUUCGGAGAGGUGCGGCUCGUUCAGAAGAAAGACACAGGACAUGUUUAUGCCAUGAAAAUCCUACGUAAGGCUGAUAUGCUUGAGAAAGAACAGGUUGGUCAUAUUCGAGCAGAAAGGGAUAUUCUUGUAGAGGCAGACAGUCUGUGGGUGGUCAAGAUGUUCUACAGCUUUCAGGACAAGAUGAACCUCUACCUCAUCAUGGAGUUUCUGCCUGGAGGUGAUAUGAUGACUCUACUGAUGAAGAAAGACACUUUAACGGAGGAGGCCACACAGUUUUAUAUCGCCGAGACUGUGCUGGCUAUUGACUCCAUUCACCAGCUGGGCUUCAUCCACAGAGACAUCAAACCAGACAACCUGCUGCUGGACUCAAGAGGCCACGUGAAGUUGUCUGAUUUUGGCCUAUGCACUGGUCUGAAGAAAGCUCACCGCACAGAGUUUUACAGAAACCUCAAUCACAGCCUUCCCAGCGACUUCACGUUCCAGAACAUGAACUCAAAGAGGAAAGCAGAAACUUGGAAGCGAAACAGGAGACAGUUGGCCUUCUCCACUGUUGGAACCCCAGACUACAUCGCCCCAGAAGUGUUUAUGCAAAAUGGGUAUAACAAGCUUUGUGAUUGGUGGAGUUUAGGAGUCAUUAUGUAUGAAAUGCUGAUUGGUUACCCUCCGUUUUGCUCUGAAACUCCACAAGAGACGUACAGGAAAGUGAUGAAUUGGCGGGAAACUUUAAUCUUUCCACCAGAGGUCCCAAUUUCAGAAAAGGCCAAGGAUCUGAUCCUCAGGUUCUGCUGUGAGGGUGAGCACAGGAUUGGAGCCACUGGAGUGGAGGAGAUCAAAACUAACGCUUUCUUUGAGGGGGUGGACUAUGACCAUAUCAGGGAGAGACCAGCAGCUAUUCCUAUUGAGAUCAAAAGCAUUGACGAUACCUCCAACUUUGACGAGUUCCCCGAUUCAGACAUCCUCCAACCUUCAGCCACUACUGUUGUGUCCAACCACACCGAGGCGGAUCUGAAGAGUAAAGACUGGGUGUUCAUCAACUACACCUACAAGCGCUUUGAGGGCCUCACCGCACGAGGAGGCAUCCCAUCAUACAUGAAAACUGGGAAGAGAUAGGCUUUGGUGAGACUCGAUAACAUGCUGCACUCUCCAAAAUGGAGACUGCAUCUGAAGGAUCCUGCAUCAUCUGUUUUCUGUUUCGAUUCAGUCAGCCAUGACUCAUUUGUGGAUGUGAACUCCACAUUCAAUCAGUCUGUAGAAGAACACAUUCAGAGCCUUACCUAAGGGCUACUUUACUUCUAACACCCUGAAUGUGCUCACUUUUUUUUCUCUUCUUGAGGAUCUAAGAUUUGAGGCAAUCAACUUUUGGGUUGCCAGAUUUUGUACAUUUUGGAAUGGAGAUAUUUUAGUACACUGGCAAAAAAGGGCUUGAACAGAAGCUAGUUAGACCUCCUGAAGCCAUAAAUUAUUGGUAUAGUCACAAGAACCAGCAUUUUUGGUGGAAUCCCUGUCUCUCAUUCUUUUUAAUCUGCUGUCAAGAUUUAAACUUCCCUAUUUUUUGGAUUAAGAUCCAUACUUUUCCUGCUGUUUUCUUGGAAAUUCUUUCUCAUGCUCACCAUCAAUGAUCUCGCUGACAAAAAUGCAAAGCUUCAAAGUCAGUCUGAUCUGAAUGUGAUUCAAACAAACCUCCCAGAGCUGCAGAUGUUGCCUUACGUUCGGAUCCUUUUUACACCAGCAGAAACGUCAUGAAUGCAUUUGCCAAUCAAACCAAAUUGUUCAUCAACACACAACAAGGAAGCUUCACCAGCUGAUUGUCAAAGACCAAGCGAACUCUACGGACCAGCAUUUGUUUCUUAUUUAAUGGGUAGUUUCAGACGCUGACUGAUUCAAGCUGCUUGGUGCUAAUGCCGUUUUAUUCUUAAUAAAUGGGCUCUUUGCUGAAGCUUGGGGAACAAAGCCACAUUUCUUGCAUCUUGAGGAGAAUGACAACACUAUUCAGGGAUUGGAAUUUGGUCUUCCGUUUUACCUUGGGAGGAAAUGUCUGAUGCAAAAUUUUUUGUUACCAAAGAAACGUCGCUUUAUGGGCUAAAUCUCAAUAUUGUUUGGUCUUGAAUGCUUAGCUUUUUGUACAGCAUUAAUUAGUGUGUUUAUACUUUGUUGUAAGAUGUUAAAGGGAUAGUUCAUCACAAAAUGAAAACUUGGUCAUUUCUUCACCCUCAGGCCAUCCAACAUGACAGUGACUUUUUUUUCUUAGUCAAUUUUUAUAGAAGAUUUUUAGCUGAAACGAUGGUCCUUCGCAGUUUCUUUUAAUGUUGAGUCAACAGCUACGAGCAAUUGGAAAGUUCUAAAACAAAUGCAGGAGAAACAAAAUUAAUAUUUGUGGCUCCUGAGGUCUUAUGAAGUGAAACAAUUGGUCUGUGAAAAAGGAAUAAACAGAGUAAAAAGAGAUAUGUUGGGUUACUUAAAAGUGAGUUAAGCCGUUGUCUUAAAAAUAGGUAAAUGUACUAUGUACGCAAUUAUAAAAAUUAAGUUAAAGGGUUCGUUUACCCAACAAUAAAAAUAGCGACGCGUAGCACAAGCUUUGUGAUUGGUCAGCUUGGUAGCCCUGACAAGUGUGGGCCGUGCUGAGAGCCGCAAGCCUGAUGGAGCAAGUGUUUACAAGUGUCGAGUCCUGUGAAGGAGUUUCAGAUGUAAACUUUUGUUUUGUCUUUACCUUAUGAUUUAAGUCUUUGCACGUCCGCUUGUUCCUGUCUCUGAAUGAGCGAGUUUUAGCUACUUGUACAUUAAGGUAGCAUUCAGAAAAAACAAAAGAAACUCGACACAGAGGAACAUAACCUGCCGCCAGCUAGCGUUUUGGAAGUGUUAUUGCUGAGCAACACUAACCGCACGCAGAAGUAUAAAUGCACGGCUAACGUUACGCACAAGGUAUGCUCUGUGGGUCACGGCGAUUGCUCGACGCAGACGUAUAAACCAGCCUUUAGACCUUUGUUUAUCUUCGUAAUACAGAUUAAGAUAUUUUCGGUGAAAUCGAAGAACUUGCUGAUCCUCCAUAGAUGGUAAGGUUCCCGACUUGUUCUGAAAGAUCAGAAAGUUCUUCAGAAAGAAAAAACAUUUUCAAAACGGAUCAUCUCCAUCCAGUGGUUUAAUUGGAGUAUUGUCAAGCGUAGAAUAUUUUUGUGCGCAUAUAAAUAAAAAUGACCACUUUAUUCAACAGUUUCUUCUCUUCAGUGUCAGCAUAUUGCACACUUUUGUAGAAUAAAGUCGCUAUUUUUGUUGUGUUCUGAAGUCGAAUGAAUCAUGGGUGUUUGGAAUCACAAUUUGUCAAUGUAACAGUUUCAUGUUUUAACGAGCUACUCGCCUUUUUUAAUUAUUUUUUUUAGGUAAAAUCAACUUGUCGCUUUUAAGUCAACGGCUUCACUUGCUUUACUUUACAGUGUACAUCUCCUCAUGUGUUCAUGAGCACAAUCAUCCUGUCACACCAAUUUUUGAGCCAAAAUAAAAAAAAUGUAUGUUCUACUUAAACAAAAAGUCACCAGUGUUGGGGAAAGUAACUUUAGAAGGUAAUGCAUUACAAUAUUGAGUUGCUCCCCAAAAAAGUAACCAGUUGCAUUACUUAGUUACUUUUUAUGGAAAGUAAUCCGUUAAGUUACUUUUUUUGAGAGGUUUGAUCUCUUUCAGAACUUGCAGGGGUUUUUUUUAUAGAGCUCUGCAUUUAACGAUACACUGAAUAACCUUCUUUACCUUCUAAAAUAAAUAAACUAAUUAAAAAAAUUAGAAUAAUGUUACCUUUUCAGAACUUCCUGACGCUAUACAUGCUGUAUAUACAGAUUAAUGAAAGCUGACAGCAAUGUGUUUGCUACUUUUGUAUUUUUGUCUAAUUAGUUCAGUAAAAUCUCUGUCCAUUGAGACUAUAAUCCCCCGUUUCAAAAUAAUAAGAAUACUUCCAUCACAGAAUUGUAAAGCCCUGCCAUCUUGGUUUCUCUCCUUUCCCGCGGCGAGCUCGUUCUCUCAUUGAGUGUGAUUCAACGUGAUUACACUAAUUUGAAUUUGACAAACUAUUUUUAAAAGCGAAUUAUUCAAUCUAAAAAAUAACUUGAGUUACAUUUUUUAACAAGUAACUUAAAUAUUAUUACUUAUUUUUAUUAAAGUAAUGCGUUACUUGUUACUUAGAAAAGUAAUUAUUACGUUUGAUUAUUAAAUUCAUUACUAUUAUUACGUAUCUUGCGUUACUUGUAAUGCAUUACCCCCAACACUGAAAGUCACCUACAUAUCUCUGGCCUGAGGUUGAGUAUUUAUUUAGAUUUGAAUAGGUAUUCCCUUUAACAUAUAAAAACGUAGCAGAAUAUUCAUUCCGUAAUGGUUUCAGUCAGCCUGCAUUAUUAGAAGCUGCUUGUAUCAGCAUGUUGCUCGUGAUGGCUGACUUAAAAAGUUGUGUGAGAUUUUUUCCGUGGCUACAAUCAGGACCCAUUUGUCGUCUUUCUGUGACCAAAUUGAAUGUAUAUCUCGAUGAUUAAAAGAGGCUUCUAGAAUUUGCAUUCAUUUAGGAUCGGCUGCCCAAGAAUGACCUGAUAUUUGUGUAAAUGGUUUGGCGAAAUGUUUUACUCUACACACUGAUGUGGAAUCGAACACCACAUACUGCUAGAAUAAUAUUAUCUCAGAUAACAGAUUACUGUAUCCCCAGAAUGCUACAGAUGAUAUGAAACGUAGCAUGAAAUCAAGUUUGAAUCAUGCAUUUGUUUUUUAAGAAAAUCCUUAGAGCAAUAUGACCGUCUUAGGUCUGGAUGUGUAUUAUUGUUAUGAUUUUUUUAUUAAUAUAUAUAACAGUCAUGGCUGGAUAUGCUGUCUGAGGGCUGUGUUGUUGCAUGUUUUAUUUGCGAGUGCUGGAGUGUUAUGAAUGAAUUUAAGAAUGUUUAAUUAGUUUUUUUUUGUGCUGCUUUGUUUAUUUGUUCCCCCUAUUCUUCAGUAGUCAGUGUUUAAUGCGGAUCAAGAAUGGAUGUUGUUGAAUAGUUUUAGGACAAGGCAUUUGAACCACUUCAAACGUUGACUACUGUAGUAUCGCAGAAUUGAGGGGCGAUGUUGCUUCUGAAUAAUAGCUUGUUGGAAUAUACACUGUCUACAAGAAGCAGAUCCCAGGCUGGACUGCUUUAUAUCUCUUGUUGCUGUAUCUCACAUGCUGAAACUUGCUUAUGAAGUCAGCAUGUCAUAAAGAGAGCGUGUCCGUUUUUAAAUGCUUUUAUUUGGAUUCCCUGUAGGUUUAUCGCUUGCGUUCUUGUCCUAGAGUGAGGACGUUCUCUUUGAAUGAGGAAAAAGGACACUUCUUUUCUUCUUCAAGAUUAACAAUGCACCUUUUGCUAGUUUGAAAAGUUGUUUAUAUUUAAAACACACACACACACACACACACACACACGUCAUGAUGUUAUAUACACGCUAAAUGACUGUUCUGUUGUUUGCCUGUGAGAGUUUUGUCAUUCCUUCAUGUAACUUUUACACCUAACACGAUGUAGACUAGUCUUAAGAUUUUGGGGUCUAUAUUUACAUGCUUAGAGCUUAAAGAUGAUAAUAAUUACACCAAUGUGUAUAAAGUAUACUCACACUGGCACUAGUGCUCACUUAUUGCUGUUUCUCCUGGAUUCCAGAUCACAGUUCUGACUGUGAAUGGUUUGUGGGCACGGCUCCAGUUCUCACUGAUGUCACAUUCUGCUGUGAGAGAUGGACGUUAGUCCGCUCUCUGCCUUAAGUUUGAAUUGUAGAGUGUUUGUGAAUUUUAUUUUUUUUUCUUCCUGCGCUCACAGAGCACCUUUCACUGGUUUAUUUGUCUGAUAGAGAGUUUGUUUUUGAGGUGUGGGCUCACUUUGACCUGUAAAACGUCCUGAAUAAAAAACACCAGUUCAUUUA